AUGGCGGUUAGAGGUGGUGGUAAUAGUAAUAAUAGUAGUGAAGGUGUGUCGCGGGCGGAGCUGCAGUUGCGGCUUGAACACGAGUGGCUGCGGGCGGAACGCGAGUUUCUCCGCGCGGAGUCGAUCGCCACGGCCGGUCUCACUGCACGGGCCACAACUGCCCGCGACGGCGAGGCGCAAUCACACCGCGCGCUUCUCCGCAAGUACGCCGACGGCCAGCAACGGGGCGACACCGCCGCCUGCCGUGCUGCAGAGGAGGGCAUGCGGCGCGAAGUGGACGCUGCGCGGCGGCGCGUGGAGGAACUCCGCCGUAUUUUAGCAUCACUUCAGAUGGAGGCUGUGGAGAUUGGAGCCCACUGCAAAGGACUAGCAGGUUUUAUCUGA